GUAUGUCAUUGUAAGUAGUCGGUUUAUUACGCGUGGUAGAACGCAUUUAUUUCCAUAUCAUUACUUUGGCAUCAUUAUUGUUAGAAACAAGUGAUGAGCGCUAUGAGAAGAGUGAACGUGAGCUACAACUGUGUUUAUGCGAAACUUGUGACUAUCAUGCAUAUCGACAAGGAUUUCCGCAAGUUUAUUCGCAUUAACAAUAGUUUACUCAGCCGUUAUUAUAAGGCUGUAAGGUCACACUUUUGUAAGCCUCGUGUAUAAAAGCAUCGGGACUUGAUGAAAUUGCAAGACGAUCAACUCCUGCAGUCGUUCGCGUUCUUUAAUUUGUUAAUAUUCGUUUUUGUGUAUAAUGAAGACCGUCGCUGCGGUUCUCGUCAUUCUCUGCGCAUAUUUACAUGUUGCAGAUAACUUAAAGCUAAAGCCUGACAACAUACUGAAAGAUACCGUGUCAGAUAUCAAGAAUGUUGUAUCCAAUGUCACGCACACGGUGAUCCCCGAAUGCGUUUUCGGAGUGGAAUCAGUAUCAAUGGUUUUAUACAACAGAGACAAUCCAUAUGGCAAGAAGAUCGGUGUAGACGAGGUCUGCGAUGGUAUAAAUUUGUCAAUGCCGAUCGUUUUCCUGGUGCAUGGUUUCAUUAGUAAUCCGAAUUAUACCAACAGUUACAAGCUGUCGGAAGCAUUGGUCGAGAAAGGCGUUACGGUAUUUUCCUUGGAUUGGACUGACGCGGCAUGCACGACUGGCCUACCUCUUGUAAAAUUCUUAGCAUACCCUGCUGCGGUGAUUAACACUCGUAAAAUAGGUGAACUCAUGGCUAGUUACGUCGUAUCGUUGAACCAGAAAUGCAGUGUUCCUGUGAACAACAUCAGAUUUUUUGGUCACAGUCUUGGCGCGCACGUGUGUGGAUUCGCCUCGAAACAUAUUCAAGAGUCGGGCUACAGUCGGCAGAAAAUCCCGCUUCUAAUCGGCUUCGAUCCUGCGCAGCCGUUGUUUAUGUUGAAUAAGUGCGAAGAUAGAUUAUGUAAGCAAGAUGCAGAUCUGGUUAUAGCGUUGCACACAUCUACACUCGGAAUGACGCGUCCCAUUGGCCACACCGAUUUUUAUUUCAAUGGCGGAUCCCUGCAGCCAAAAUGUCCUUUAAAUAUAGCAUGCUCACAUAGCAGCGCUGUUCUCUACUUGGCCAAAAUAAUAGAGGACGGUACUUGUAAAUUUCCUAGUGUUCCUAUGUCAUAUCCGGACGUCAUAUGGCGAUGGAAAAAACCUAACUAUCCACAGUCUAACACAAUCAAAUGUACACCUCUGGAUAACAUUUGGUCCUGGAUAGAUGGCAAAAACGAAACAUUUGAUAAAGAUAAAGAACAAGUAUACUACACGUUCGUUAAUUCGGAUACUUUUUGUGCCAACGAUAAUUUUAGCUGUCAAGACUAGCGACAACAACAGUGAUAACAAUGGUUACGAAACGGCCUUAGUAAACAUUAACUAACAAUAAUAUUGCAAUGUUACAAUUUCUCGCUCAACAAUGUAAUUGUUAUAUGUUAUAUUUUAUUUACAUGUUGAAUAGAAGAUUAUAUAACAUUAAUGUUACGUUAUUGAUAGUUGGUACUUACUGGAGAUAGUGUAAUAAUCUUUUAAUCAAUUAUAAUAAUAAACUGCUUUAUCUUCACCUUGA